UUUGCCAUUAUCUACUAAACCUUCUUUGCAUUUUCUAGAACUCUGAUCUCUCUCUCUCUCUCUCUCUCUCUCCUUCCUUCUCCCUCUUCCACUUUCUUCAAUUCCCAUUUCUGUACUGUACUGCUCUUUAUAUUCUCCAAAUCUUUCCUUAAUUUUAUGCCUAACAUUUUACCAGAAUUCCUAUCACCAACAGCCCUUUUCUCUCUUCUUUAAUUCUUGCUUAUUUAUCUAACCAACAAACCCAAGAAAACCCUUGUGUUUUUUGUUUUUUUCUUUUGUGUUUUAAUAACCAAGGAAAUACCAAAAGAAUCUGUUCUCUUUUUCUGGGGGUAAUUUUCUGGGUAUUGGUGGUCUCAGAUGAUGUUGCAGCUUUUCUUUACAGUAGCUUUCUCUGCAGUGCCUUUGACUUUGUAUAUUCCACCUAUGAGGAGCUUGAAUCCAUUUGUGGAAACCAUGGAAGAUCUGGUCAGAGAGUCAAGAGCUUAUACUAACAGAAUCUACCCACGUGCAAGGCACGUUUGGUCUAGACUCUUGGAUCUCUUGCUCUGCAAUUUGAGGAUAGAUUAAAGAAGAUGAUCUCUCUGUCUUGAAAUAGAUAUGUGUACAUUCUAUUCUGUUCUUCUUCCUUUCCUCUUUCCUUUUCUUUUUGCCUCUUUGGUUUAAAUAAUUUGUUCUUCUGGGUUUACGAUGAUGAUUAUUGUUGGGUUUUAUUUUUUUUCUAUGCUGUUGUCUUGUUAGUGCGGGAUUAUAGAUACAUAUUCAUAUGUUUUCUAUUGUGAGAAAUCUUUUUGAGUCAGUUUUUUGAGGAUGUUAUUACAUAAAUAAAUUAUGAUUUCUCUCCC